GUACAGAAAAUUAAACAUAGAACAAUUAUCCAGAUUUGUUGGAAUUCAUGAAAGGCUAUCAGUGGAUGAAAAAAUUGCAUUAUCUAAAGAAUAUAUGAAAUUACAUAAAGAUGGCCUUGAAUUAGGCAAGGAUUUAGAACCAACAGUUCCUCAACACAGUGAUGGGUUUGCAUUACUUGCAGCACACUUACUGUUAGACGUCAACCAAGAGAAAGGCACAAAUGAAAUGGUAUGGCACCUCUUCAUCCUUCUUGAGAGUGCACUAAAAGCCAGCCCAUCUAACCAUCACAUCAAGAUGUUACUCCUUAGGAUCUACUCUUUAAUGGGUGGUUGUGGCCCUUCCAUGUCUUUGUUUGAUAGGAUGGAAAUCAAACACAUACAGCUAGACACAUUAGGGUAUCUUGCAACCCGAUAUUUAUAUUUCCAGGGACAUUUUGAGGCAGCUCUAUCACUCUACACUACAACUUUAAAAUAUUUCUUUGGAAAUCAGAAAGAUACCCCUGAAUACUUUAUAGCUGCUUAUAAAUAUGGAUCUUUUGAAAAGAUUCCAGAAUUUGAAUCAUUUAGGACGCGCUUGAAUUUGUCUGUGCAUUUUUCAACUGUAACUUAUGAGAAGUUAAUGAUGGAAACCCUGCAAAGAACAAAGAGCCUUGCAGAUGCACAAAGUUAUUUUGAGGAGAGUAAAAUGAUAGAGAAAUGCUCUGCAACAAAGGAAUGGACAACUGAUUUGAGAGACAACAGAGAUCUUCACAUUUUUGCAACAUGUGACCCUCCUUAUAAGUCAUUAACAAAAGAACAAGAGGUCCACUCCUUUGAACAAGAAGUGUUUUGGAUCAGAUUAAGGUGCCUUAUUCUAAGGGGUCUUGCACAGGCUGUAUCUCUGGUCCAAAGACCAAUGCUCAAUAAUGUGAAAUCUGAGGAACCAGUGCCAAUUACAUCUUCUCUAGAAGAAACCAUAGCUGCUUUAGAACAACUGUUGGCAGACAUCGACAAGCACCCUGGCUUGCAGGAAAUGCUCCCUUUUCUAAGCCCUCCCCCAUCCCACUUGCACACCACAAGGAAAGGCAAACAUGGGAAUGUUGUGUUGGAAUCACUAAGGAUGUGUCAGUUGUCAAGCCUGUUGCAACAAGGCUCAUCAGAGAGCCAAGAAGACCACUGCAAGAAGAUCAUAGCUAUUAUCCACUUUAUUACAUACACCAUUCAAGAUGAUUUAAAGCUUUGUAUCUCUAGUCUAACAGUGGAAAAUGGUGAAAAACAAAUGUUCAAUGGCCACGCCCUGGAACCUUUAGUGCAUCUGGUAGAGUCUUUUAGUCACUUGGUUUUAUUGACUUCUGUGAGUUGUUCCUUGCUACAUAAAGUCAUUACCACCAAAAAAUCCAAGAAGAAAGGUCCAGCAUCACAUGUGGUAGAAUUACGAGAGGCCUGCAAAAAGUACAUUGAAUUGUUAAAGAGCUCCUCAGCCGAGCUUCAUUCAACUCUUGAAAAUAUUCAACUUACAGAAUUGUCUAAAGAUCUCUUGGAGCUUAGCCUCACAGAGGUGGAUAAAGAGACUAACUCAUCGGUAGCUACAGAAAUUUGGGAAAAGCUACAAACAAGCUACACACAGUCUAUUAAAGAAAUAAAGGAACUAUUAAACACAAAAAUGAACUUUGCUAAGACUCUGCACCUCUAGGAAUAACCCUCGUAAGCUGGUAAAAUAUUUCAUUCAAGGCAAUGAUAUCCAACUGGUUGGUAGAAGCUGUGGAUGGUCACGUAAAUUGUCAGCAUACAGUGAAAAUAUUCAUUUGGUAACAUUCCAGCUGGACUAGUGCACUUAUCUACAGUUUAGCACCUUCAGACCCUUCGCAUAACAAUUGAUUUCCCAAUAUAGUUUGAUAUGAAGGACAAAAAUGUAUAUUUUACUCAUGAGAAUUGAAUUGAAUUCCUUUGUGCUGCCCUCCAAAAUAAGCAGCUCUGGAAUGAAUCCUUUCAUUAGAGCAUACAGUACCUCUGUUUUUAUGACCACAUUCUCUUUUUAUAUGGUUUUAGCCCUCACCUGUAUAUUUUUAUGUUAUUAAGAAUUCAUAGAUACCAUUAAGAGUCUGUGGUACCCAAAACAUUGGUAUUGUUUAAGUUGACAAUUCUUUUAUUAAAGUGGUUUUUGAAUGAUUUGCUUUUAUAUGAGGCUAAACCUGUACAAAUGAGUCUGUGGUCAAAGGCAACAGCAGUACUUACCAAAUGAGAACAUUUUCUAUUGCUCUAAGGGUUCUAUAAACAAUUCUAAAACAUCAGAUGUUAAAUAUUUGAACUGAAAACAAACAAACGAAAAACGAGAAAACAAAAAAUAAACCAGCCAGGCAGUUUCCAUAGUUUCAAUCAGCUGAUAAAAGUUAUUGAAUCUCUGACAUUAUCUGUUCCAAAUGGUUCCAAUAAGCCUGAAGCGUGAUGAUGUUUUACCCCCGUCUCUAGACCAUAAUCCUUUUCACAUUGCUUUUGUUCUUUAAUUAUGACUAUUGUUCCUGUAUUCUCUAAGGAAUCCAAAAUUUUAAUAUGAAAGAAUUUAAAAAACUAUUAUGGUCUAGAGACGGGGGUAAAACGUCAUCUCGCUUCAGGCUUAUUGGAACCCAAUGGAAGAGGGGCCACUAUACAGAAUCCACUGUUAAUCCCCUUAUUAUGGUUGUCAAACACUGACCACCAUGUAUUGUCAACCAGGAAGAAUUCUAUUGAGAACUUGUAACCUGAGUUUCAGUCUGCAUGAGACUUUUCCAUACUCUAUAAAUCACUGGUCCGUCCCAUUCUGGAAUAUGCAUGCCCAGUUUGGGCACCACACCUAGUAAAGGAUAUCCAUGCAAUUGAAUCUAUACAACGAAGAGCGUCACGCAU